UUUCACACUUCACGCACGCGCAUGUCUUUUUUUUUCUGUUUCCUUUUGCCCCUGUUGUAGCAAAUUAGUAGUGUUAGUGUUAUUUUUAAAUACCGUAAGAAGCAGUAACCUAAAUCGGUCCAUGGCAGUUACGAUUUUCUUUUUAUGUAAUCCCGAAACGUUUUAAAAAUUCCGCUUAAAAAGAAAAAGCGUUUUAUUCCCUAUUCUGGGUCUUCAUUCAACGUGUGUAACAACUACCCAGAGGAUCUAGGAGCAGCUCUUUACAGAGAGCCGUUUGACUUCAACGCUGAGCCACCUUGGGAUCCUAGCUGAUAGUGGACAAGUUCAUCCCAGGACUCAUCCAUUUUGUUGCAGUAAUCUAGGACACCGGGGGCUCGAGAGGAARCAACAAGUCUAUUUUGAAGCAGCCUCAUUCUUUAUGCCUGUCGGAUUAGAAGAAAAUGGUUGAGAGGAUGAAGGGAAUCGCUGAUGAGCCACAGUAUUCUGUUAGCCUCCUUGAUGGAGGCACAACCCUUUCUGAUGUGAUUGACAAUCACGUUGAUGAACAAACUCUGUCUGAGAAGAAUGCAUUCUUUGUAGCRGACCUGGGGGUCAUAAUGARGCAGCAUGUUCGCUGGCGAACUCACAUGUCCCAAAUCCGACCCUACUAUUCUGUUCGAUGCAACAGCAGCCCAGCUGUGAUUGAAGUUCUUGCUGCUUUUGGCUCUGGCUUCACRUGCACCAACAAGGCUGAACUUGAGCUGGUGCAGAGUCAUGGUAUUCCCUCUGAAGACAUCAUUUACGGUGGUGUUUGCAAACAGGUCUCCCAGAUAAAAUACGCUGCUAAAAACGGCAUUGACCUCCUGGUGUGUGACAACGAAGCAGAGCUACGCAAGAUUUCUCGCUGCCACCCCAAUGCCAAGCUGCUGCUACAGGUGGCAACAGAGGCGUCUAACCCUGACGACGAGCUGAGCAUGACGUUUGGCUGCUCCCUGAAGGACUGCAGACACCUGCUGGAGAGUGCCAAGGAGCUGGGUGUGCAGGUUGUAGGAGUCAGGUCUCACAUUUCUAGCUGCUUUAAGGACGAUCAGGUGUUUGUUCACGCCAUCUCUGACGCCCGAUGCAUCUUUGAUAUGGCGGAGGAAAUUGGUUUCAGCAUGAACAUUCUGGAUCUUGGAGGUGGAUUCAGUGGAUCUGAGAGCCAGCUGGAAAUGAUUACCAGCACGGUGAUGUCCAUGGUGGAUUUAUACUUCCCUUCUUCUACUGGAGUUUCCAUCGUCGCUGAGCCUGGCAGCUUUUUUGUSUCGUCUGCGUUCACCCUGGCUGUCAACAUCGUCUCUAAAGAGGUGGUCGCUCGUGACUGCMGAGACCAGGACCCUGAGGAGCUGUCCCCCAAUGAUGAGCCUGAAUUCCAGUAUUUCAUGAGUGAGGGGGUUUAUGGAUCAUUUUCCAGCAAACUUUCUGAAACUCUGAUCUCAGCCCCGUCUGUUCACAAGCAGAAACUGCCUGUGGAUGCUGCGGUGUUCAGCAGCAGCCUCUGGGGUCCYUCUGGGGACGACCUGGACCAGGUAGUGGAGCACUGUCUGCUGCCUGAGCUCAGCGUAGGAGACUGGGUUCUGUUCACACAGGCGGGGGCCUACAGCCUGGGUCGACCCCUCCCCACCUCCACUGGCUCAACGCCGCCUCCUGUUUACUACGUCAUAUCUUCCAGAGACUGGUUUGAAAUGCAGGAUUCUGGUGCCGCCCACGAGAACACGCUGAAGAACUUCUCAGUCACCUCUUACUUUCUCAGCUCCUGUCAAACCGAGGCGGCUCUGUCUGUUCCAGCUUAGCAACCAGCAAAGCUUUUUACUUCUCUUACUGGUUUUAUGCUGCUAGCACCCUCUGGUAUACACUUCACUGGGAUGGACUCAAUCGGUAGUGUAGAUUAAUGUUUGACGGGGACCAGCCUGAUCUGGACUCUUCAUCUCAUAAACAUGUAACRUGUGAUUGAAUCCAACAGAAUGCAUGCAUCCAGAAGAUCCAACCCUGGGAUCUACAGCUCACAUCAUGUGGCGUAUGAUUAUAUCGUGUUAUUUACAGCUCUACUGAUGUUGCCAGUCUUGUAAAGUUAAACGUGCGUCUAUGAAGGAAGCAGAUUUUAURUUAGAAACACAGGUCUCUGAUAUUUUAUGGAGCUUUGCUACAUGUAUUUAUAAUUUGGAUUCGUUGGAUAAUUUAUUAUCUAUAAGAGCCUAACUCCACUGUUACAYGGUGUUUGUAWUUUUACUGUUUCUAAAUGGGACCUUGCAGUGUAGCGUUGCUGCUCUACAGAUUUGAAGCGAGUCGCGUCAUCAAGACGUCGAUGCAGCCCGGGGAAAUACAGCCACUGGUGUGAGGAGGAAGCAAAAUGUUCAGUGUUCACCAGUCAGCUGGUGGUUUUGUGUCUUUCUAAAGUGCUGGAACAAGUCGAGGGCCAGCAGGUAUAGCGCUGAGACAAUGUGCUCACCGCUUACAGAUUUCUGUUUCUGUUGUAUUUGUCACAUUUAAGAUCAGCAAACAAAUGGUAAUUUCAAAGAUAACACAAGCAAAUAAUAAAUGCAGUUUGUAAAGGAUUGUUAUUAAGGAAAAACAACUCUCCAAACCACUUUGGCCUUUUAUUUAAAAAAAAGUAACUGUCCCCCUAAUCCUAAUUACUGCUCCAAUUAGACUUUUGUAGUCAGUCACAGGUGAGCUUGAGCUCAGGGUCAUAAACUGGUGGUCAUCCCCAGACCAUCACACUACCACCACUGUGUUUGACUGUCAGUCUGAUGUUCUGGAUCUGAAAAGAACUGGCUUUACUCCAGAUGUGACAAAACUCAAAUCUGCCAGAAGUUUUCACUUUUGUCUGGUUACMCAGGGAGCUUCAGAGCAGAGGCCAUUGUUUGUCUUUUUCUUAUUGUUGAAUCGUGAACUUUGACCUUAACUGAAGCAGUUAAAGCCUGCAGUGCUUCAAAUGUUCUGGCUCUUGGAGUAACUUUGGUUUCCCCUCCGCUCUGGGGAAGGUUUACCAUCUUUGUGGUUAAUGAGUGGUCUGUGUGCGAGUGAAACUGAACUCAGCUUUCAAAAAUAAAUAAAAUAAUAAUAAUAAUAAUAAUAAGUCAGUUAAUUGGUGAUUUAACCAUAGAGGUAAUUACUUCUUCACAUAUGAUUUUUCCAGUUGUUGAUUUUUUUUUCAUUUAAAAACUGCAUUUUGUAUUGAGUUGAUUUUGUCUGAUGUUAACACUUGUUUUCUGAGCUGAAAUGUGAAAGUUUGACAAAAAAGCACAACUGGAAGAAAUCUGUAAUCUGUCAAUACAUUCUCCUAACUAACUGCUGUGCCACCAGAUACUAAAGCAGGAUKAUUAGUCAGUACGUGCUGCAGGUGGAACCAGGAAAGUGCCGAUGGUUGCCAGAUCAGCUGACAGAAAAUGAGAGAUCUUUAAAAGUGUAGUUCUGGUGCAAGAAAGUCGACUUUCUGRUAUUUGUAAUUCUAAAUAUCAUUCAACAUGUUGAAAGGGUUUUACAUUAUUUUCUGACACAAACAUUUACAAAUCUUGUGUUGUGUGUGAAGUCGAGUCCUAAGAACAGUAAAUGAACAGGAACCAGUUAAGUUGUAGCUGUACUCGUCAAAAUGAACAAUAAUAAAAGACCUUAUUGACUUGAA